CCCGGUAUCAUCAUGCAUACUCUCUCCGCCACAUUCGAUCAAAUUGCCGAGUAUCCCCGUGAGGAAGCGCGAUGACGAGCACAGAGGUGACGAUAGCGAGGACGAAGGGAUUGUCAUAUAGGUCUUCCAAUGAGCUAUCAGGCACAGUGAAAGCUUCUCGAGCUUCUAUUCAAGUUUCAUGAUACCCAUUGGUAGAGUGAAUGGAGCACCUUGUUCCUGCGACCCGGUACUUCGGAUAUCGAUUUAACGGGAUACGCGCAGCGUGAAUAAUAAGAGGGACGAGCGAGCAUUCUCUCCCAUCUCGACUUGGAUCACCCGAUUCUCAAAUUCAUCCCUGGACAUCAUGGCGAACUCCGAGAUCAAGAUGUUGGGUGUCACACCGCCUAUCAGCGUUGAACCGCCAAAACCUGUAGAUAUCCAAUCAAGCGAUGCUCUAAUGGCAGACUUGGUAGCACUCAAUCAGUUCGAAUCAGAGCAAGAGAGAAAGGUCCGGGAAAGACUCCUCAGCAACAUUGCUCAGCUCGUCGCCAAAUUCGUACAUGAUGUCUCGAUCAAAGCGGGUCUGUCAGAGAAAGUUGCUUCCGAGGCAGGAGGGAGGAUAUACACUUCGGGAUCGUACAGACUCGGUGUACAUGGUCCAGGAUCCGAUAUCGAUACGAUUUGCGUCUGUCCUCGGCAUGUUUACAAGGAACACUUUUUCGGAGAGUUCAAGCAGAUGCUCAGGGACUGGCCAGCUGUAACCGAGAUCAGUGCCGUCGAGUCAGCUUUCGUACCCGUGAUGAAGACUGUCAUUUCUGGCGUCGAGGUCGAUUUACUGUUCGCCCGGGUCAAUUUGCCAGAGGCUGGAGAUAAGCUAGAUAUAGAGAAGGAUGAGAUUCUGAGAGGAGUCGAUGAUGCUUCACAGCGAAGUCUGAACGGUCCCCGAGUCACCGACAUGAUCUUAAACCUCGUUCCUGAUGUCGCAACGUUCAGGACGGCUUUACGGACCAUCAGAUUAUGGGCAAAACGGAGAGGAAUCUACGGAAACGUCCUUGGAUUCCCUGGAGGUGUAGCGUGGGCACUUCUGACCGCUCGAAUAUGCCAACUUUAUCCCACCGCCUCACCAGCCGUCAUCGUCGGCAAAUUCUUCCCGAUCUUUUACCAGUGGAACUGGCCACAACCGGUGAUACUGAAAAAGAUUGAAUCUGGUCCUUCGAACAUGCAACACUCAGUCUGGAAUCCUAAACUUGACCGCCGAGAUAUGGCUCAUCGUAUGCCAGUCAUCACUCCCGCCUAUCCUUCCAUGUGCUCCACGCAUAACAUAACCGCCUCCACUAUGUCCAUCAUCAAGAAUGAGAUGCUGCGAGCGAUGCAGAUUACUGACAAGAUUCUAGCGGAUCCCGGAUCCUCCUGGGUCGAGUUGUUCGAGCGAGUCGACUUUUUCAGCAUGUACAAAACGUACGUCCAGGUCGUCGCGUCCGCUUCAUCUUCAGAGCGUAUAAAAGACUGGGGCGGGACCGUUGAAUCUCGUAUUCGGACGCUGGUCGGAGAUCUCGAGGUCACCGACAACAUUCUCACCGCCCAUCCAUCAGUCGCAUCCAUAACAAACUCCUUUAUUUGUCUUUCGGAAGAGGAGCAAGCCGCCGCCUCGCAGGGCGAAUUGAGCGUGGAAGCUAUGAAGAGAACAGAGGAGGAUGUCAAGGGUCAGGAAUUCAAGCGGAUAUGGACGAAGAGUUUCUUUAUCGGUUUGGAGAUUGAGAAGAAGUCGAAGGAUGGUGGAGGUCGUGUCCUCAACCUGUUUUACCCUAGCAAACGGUUCUGUGGCGCCUGUCAACAAUGGGACAAGUAUGACGAACAGGAGAUGAGUGUAAUCCUUAGACCGGCCAGGCGGUCCGACCUUCCGUUCUAUUGUUUCCCCGAUGGUCAGCCGAAACCGAAGAAGAAAGUCAAGCGGGCUCAGAACGGCAGCUCGACGGAAGAAGUUGUGGAGGAUGGUUUGGACGAUCAAGGUCCAAGCAAACGCGUCAAGGCCGAGCCUACCGAAAUGUUGUCAUCCAGUCUCCCCUCCACCACAUCUUCCGCCACGACCGCGACUCGUACGGACCCGACACCGAUACCUAUCGGCGCGGAUCAGACACCAGCCACCAAUGGAUCUCAUACUGAAGGGGCUGACGGCGCCAAUCCCCAAGAUAUCCCUCCGCCUCCCAGUAUACAAGGCAUGCCACCUCUAUCAGCGACUGCCAUGUCGAGUUUCGCCAGCGCCGCCAAGGGAGUCACAACGGCUGAAAAGGCUGAAGAAGUGGGCAAUCAAGAAGGCUUGUUGGUUCUCAAUCAGACUGCUGCAGCCUAGAUGUCCGGGCGUGUGUAUCUGUAUCCAUUUCAAUUCCACUGUAAGAUGUAAAGACUAUAGUCGUGGCUCUGACUCCACGUCGGGCUGAACGCUCCCCCCAUGAUUCAUGCAUUUCGCAUCUCCCCGCCGGUGCGGUU